AUGUUGUCCAAGGGCGUCGCCGCUGACGCAUCCAUAAGCGCUCCCCCCGAGACGUCUACGUCCGCGAUACCUUUACCAUCGGUUGACGCACGAGCUGUGCUACCCGCAGUCAACAUUGACGCUCUCGUCGAUGGAUCUUUAAACGUCGCCGCCGAUGCCAGUCUCGACACGUUACUGCGGCGCUCGGUCGAGGCGUGCGCAGUCGCACCCACGCUUGACUUUUCUGGCUCGACUUGGAUUUGGACGGGCGAGCAGACUGGUGCGGAAGAUAUCUCACCUACGGGAGCACGUCCAUUCCGUAAGGCCAUCCCGUCCUCCGGCACAAAAUGUCCGGUCUGCGCCACUAUCAUCAUCUCUUCCGAUGACUUGUACUCCAUCGUUGUCAACGGAAAUGAAAUUGGAGCAGGAAACGGUUACAAAAGCUCAGCCGUCUACACCGCUGGCCUCGAACCUGAAGGGCACAACGUCUUUGCUAUUUCCGUGAACAACACGGGAGGAGCAGCCGGCCUCAUUGCCACGAUCCUUGUGGACUACAGAGAUGGUACCACUCAGACUAUCGUCACUGACACCACCUGGAAGACGAUCAAAGCUACGCCCCCCGAUGGCUGGACUAGUCCGAGCUUCGACGAUUCAGCUUGGAUUGCCGCAGUAUCUGAGGGACCUACGGCGAGCACGCCUUGGGGGACGCCUCCACUCCCCCCUGCCAUGAAUAUGACGGGAGUCAAAUGGAUCCAUACGAAUGAGACGUCCGCCGCUGGGGUAGACCCUCUGGGUCACAGACCAUUCCGCAAGACUAUCACGUCCCCCUAUGGAAAAGCUGCUGUUUGUGGAAAAAUCGUCAUCACCGCCGACGACGAGUACACGUUGUACGUGAACGGCAACGACACUGGAAGCGGUAGCAACUGGCUAGCCAUGCAGGCUUAUUCCAUCCCUAUUCUGGAUGCGGAUGAGAACCUCAUUGCUGUGGACAGCGUGAAUACCCAGCCGCCGCAUGCUGGGCUCGUCGCGGGUGUUUUGGUGGCGUAUGACGAUGGGACAUCGGAAACGUAUUACACGGAUGACUCGUGGAAGACGCUGGACGAAACCACUCCGGCUGGCUUUGAAGACACGGAUUUGGAUGACAGUUCGUGGAUUAGUGCGACGGAGUGGGUGAAUGGUGAAGCGAAUUUAGUGACUGUUCCGCGUGCGUAA